ACGCUCUUCCGAUCUAGUAAGAAGCGGGCGAUCCGCUGGACUCGACGAAUCCAACCUGGUUAUGCGUCAUCGCGCUCCAUUCCGCCGCGACUUAUUCCGAGCACGAACGCGAAUGCUCUCGGUUAACGAGACCUCGACGUUGGUGGAAAUCAACGAUUCCCGUGGCGUUCGCGCUAGCUUGUUCGCCUCGACCUCGCCAUCGAUAGGUCGACAAACUAAUGGGUAGGCGUUCGACGAUCGCAGCUUAAGGACUCCGGAGUCCCUUUCGUUCCGUUCGCUGUUUCGACGCGUUGACGUGCGCACGUGAUCCGAAGGAAUCGGUCAGGGAAAUUCGAGGAAAAUACCGCUAUGUCGAUGCUGAUCCGUCGAUGUUGACGCAGAGGCACGAGCGGUCUCGUGACGCGCCGGUUUCGCGUAAAUCCGAUGUAAUCCUUAGCACGCGUAGCUCAUCGCAGUUGCAUACUCCGGCGUGACGUUUGGUAGGAGGGCAGCCCACCUCCGCGAGUCGACAAACGACCUGCCGCUGAUAUCGACUACUCCGUGGGCUCGGCGCACGUGUCUAUCACCAAGUCGUCACGCGAUACACCGAUGAGAGCCGCGCGCAACGCUGCAUCUCCCCUUUGUGAGAAUUUCUACGCGCGAUUGCCUAAUAACCUUCUCCCGCGCUCAUAUCGUUCUCUUUCUUCCAUUUCUACGUCGCACCAUCUUUGUCCGUCUCUACCUACUCCGUCGCUUGUCCGCCUUACCGGCGCGACGCGACGCUCUCUUUCGAUUCGGUUUAGCCUUCCCGAUAAUAAUCGUGUCUCGACUCAAUCGUCUAAUCGCCGAUAGUUAUCUUCGACCGAGCGAUUCAUCGAUUGGAAAGAGGAACCGCGUUACGUUACGGCCUGCCUCUCCAUUUACAUCGGCCGCAUCGAGCGUACCCUUCGUCGCGACGAUUUCCACGAAGCGGCAAAUUGCCGCUGUCGCGAGGAAAACGCGGCACGGAGAAUCCACGACGUAUCCGCGCGAGUAGCUAGCCCGUUAUUUUCGAAGCCGGUAGUUUGCGGAUAGGGCGGUUCCUCGCAAACCUUUGAAUAUUUCAAGUACAACGAGCGUCGUCCCACGUCCGACGUCGUCGAGGGACAGUCGCGCGGUAUUUCCCGACGCUCGUUCCUUCGACGACGUCAUGCUGUUUCUCGGUCGAGUUCUCGGUAUCGUGGCGAUCCUCGCCGCUACUCGACCAGCGGAUGCGUUCGACUCGUGGUUCGUCGACCUGAUCCACGACUCCGUCACCGUGCUGUUUCCACCGGUAAGAGUAUCGGCGCAUCUCUGUCGUGUCGACCAUGACGGCGCGAUCGAGCUGUCCAGAAGGAUGUCGAGAAAGGGUCUGGCUCACGACAUACAUGGCGAGUUGCAGGGAUUCGAGCUACGAACGCGCCACGACGGCUGGGAACAUCGGAUUUUGUACGUGGUGGACCUGGAUUGCGACUACGCGAUUCCACUCUUGCGAGCGGCGAACGCGAGCGGCCAGUUCUCAGCGCCGAUCAGAUGGCUUCUGCUUCGAGAUGGCACGAUCGCUGGAAACUCGAUGGCUCGCGUGGAUCGAACGUUCAGCGAUAUGGCCGUUUAUCCAGACAGCGAGGUGAUCGUGGCGACGAAGCUGCGAGUCGACGAUAGCUUCGCGGAAAUAACGUCCGUGUACAGGCCUAGCCCGUAUCACGGUGUUAUAACGGAGGAUCGAGGAAACUGGACGGUGGAUGGCGGCGUUCGAGCGGCGAAUCUGCACGCGGCGUCGCGACGAAGAAGGAACCUUCGACGGACGCCUCUGAAAUCCUGUCUCGUGAUGACGGAUCCCGAUACGAUCAACCACUUAACCGAUUACGAAAAUAAGCAUAUAGAUGCGGUUACGAAGGCCAACUAUCCUUGGAUGUUGCAUAUAGCGAGCCGAAUGAAUGCAACCAUCGACUUUCGCGUGACCAACACCUGGGGAUAUCGACUGGAGAACGGGUCGUGGAACGGCCUCACCGGGAUGCUGCAACGACGAGAGAUCGAUAUAGGAGGCACGGCAACCUAUCUUAUUCAACAGCGUAUCGGUGUAAUCGAUUAUGUACAACUUUAUACCCGCACCAAAGCGAAAUUCAUUUUCCGUGCGCCUUUGCUGUCCACCGUGAGCAACAUUUUCACGCUGCCGUUUCAACGAUCCGUCUGGAUAGCGAUCGGCGUUUUUCUUCUGCUGGUACUCGGCUUGCUCUACUUUUCCUCCAAAUGGGAAUAUCGUCGGGGAGCAUCGGCGAAAAGCGCCGCAUAUUGGCAGCAAUUUCAUCUGGACGAACAAACGCUCAGUGAUAAUUUCAUGGUCGUGUUGGGUGCUUUUGCGCAACAAGGAUACUCUUACGAGCCGUAUCGCGUUCCCUCGCGAAUCGUCACUUUGAUGCUUUUACUCGCCGCUCUCAACCUGUACGCCUCUUACACGGCCAAUAUCGUCGCUCUGCUCCAAUCCACCACCGACUCUAUCAGAACUAUCGCCGACCUGUUCUACAGCCCGUUAAAAUUGGGGGCGCAAGACGUGGUCCACGUUCGACACUACCUCAAGAGCUUUCAAGAUCCUCUGCGAAAAGCCAUAGUGGAAAAGAUCGAACCAAAGGGUCACAACAGCUCGUGGUUACCGGUCGAAGAAGGGGUUCGACGCGUUAAAGACGAGCUGUUCGCGUUCCACUCGGAACUGGGCGCGUUCUACAAGAUAAUGCAGGAGACGUAUCGGGAGGAAGAGAAGUGCGGGAUCACGGAGAUCGAUAUACUGAACAUGUUAUAUCCGCUUCUGGUGAUCCCAACUCGAUCGCCGUAUCUGGAGAUCGUAAAAAACGCGGCUUUGGCGUUGGCCGAGACUGGUCUGCAAACCCGCGAAGACAGCCGCUUGUACACGAAGAAGCCCAAAUGCCAAGGACAAACGAGCUUCGUCAGCAUAGGAUUCACCGAGUGCUAUUUCGCGUUGGUGGCGGUGGGCUACGGGGCGCUUCUCAGUCUCGUUGUGUUGGCGGUGGAACAUCUGUGGCAUAGGAAAGGAAGCUUGAUCGACCUCCGGGCCGUGAAGAGGUUCGCCUCGGACGCCUUGCCGUUUCCCGGUGAAACACCGAACGACAACGCGACACCUUGGAACGAAGGCGAUCCGUUUGAGUUCAUCGAGGAGAGUCGUCGCUUGCCGAGCAAGGAAACGGAGAACGGAUCGGUGUCAGAGGACGCGGAUGAUCGUCAAUGACGAGGAACACGUUCGACCAUCGGGGAUUCGGUGAAUUCGGUUCAAUGAAAACGUACGAGAUAACAUGAGGUCGAGCGUGCACUCGGGUAAAUCUUCGACGCACUUGGCAGGGUUGCCGGCGAAACGGGUAAACGAGGGUACCACGGUCUCCGGUGGUACCACCGCUCCAUCCUCGAUGUAGCAACAGUCUUUCAGGACGCACCUUCUCCCCUGCGUAGUUCAACAAGCACUUACUCUUUCUGUUAUCCCGUUGCUUCAAUUCGUGCAAAUACGUAUAAAUAAAGUUUACGCGUGUAUGCCUUAUA